AAAAGAACGAAAAUGGAUAUUUCUACGGAUUUAUCAGGGAAGAUGGGAAAAAUAGGAAAGAAGCAAUGAGAGGUAUUAAAGGAGUACCAUAACAAAAAGUGGUACCAAUAUUGGACUUACACUUGGAUGAACCAAUCUGUUCAGAUGGCUAGCGAAUCAGGAAUUACAAUCGACCAAUUAGGAAAAAUACCGAUAGAAGAUUCAACUGAAGUGCAUUACCAGAGGUUCAAAUAAAGAAUGGGAAAAUGAAAAAGAAAUUGACCACUAUUCUCUCCUCAGAGUUAUUUUCAAGAUUUAUAAAUUCAGAUUCCUCGUUUGACUGAUUGCAUCAUGAGGAUGUAUAGCCUUUGAAAUUACAAACUUUUACUUCCAAACGCAGAUACUAUCAUACAUUAAUGGAGAAAAUGAUUACCUCAAUUGGACACUUUUAUGAGCUAUAACUCUAGCCACAUUCGAAUUUACUGCUCGAGGGUUCCAUAUGAUGCAAAACGUUCAACAGUUAAAAUUCGGCCAUCGGAUAGGAGCAGCCAUCUCUGGGUUAGCAUUUUCAAAAAUGUUCAAAAUUCCUGAAGGUAAAUAUCAGAAGGGACAGCUUCAAAACUUAAUUGGUGAUGAUUGUCAGAGGAUUUCUGGUAUAUUUCUUGAGAUUCCUCAUAUUACUUCAAUCCCUUUACUCAUAAUCUCAACAUUCUCCUCUCUUUAUCUUUUCAUCGGGCAUAUAAUCUGGAUUCCUCUUGGCAUAAUGGCAGCAGGAAUUUUUGUUGUCUAUUACACCAACACUUUUAUGAGAGAGCUCGAGAAACGGAAGAGAAAAGACGAUGAUGAUAGAGCGACAGUACUCAGUGAAAUUAUCGACAACAUCAAAGUCCUCAAAAUGAACUCAUGGACCCACUGCUUUGAGGAGAAACUAAGCAAAUUGAGGAAGAAGGAACACUAUAAUGAUUUCUAUAGCAAAUUACUGCAAAUGCCGGCUCAUAUUUCUCAAUACUCAUGCUACUAUCUAAUGAUCCUGAGCAUUUUCUGAACUUGUAUCUUAGGGUUCGGAAUGAAACUGACAGUUCCAGCUUCAAUGGCAAUAUGGAGACUAUUAGAAAAACUAAAGUGGCAUAUAGGUCUGAUCCCAACUCUUGCUCAAAAGUUUAGCGAAUCUUAUGUAGCAAUAGAGAGGUUGACUGAUUUUUUGAAAAGCCGAGAAAUAGAAACUCAAAUGAUAGAAGAAACAGACUUACAUGAAUCUGAAAAUGCUAUUGAAAUUGAGAAAUCUAAUUUCUUCUGGGGAUUUCAAAAUAUUGUUUCUAAUAAAGAACAUACUGAUCAUAUAAAUGUAAAGAAUCCUAAUAUAGAAAAUGGAUUCAAGUGAGAUAAGAAAAUUCUUAGAGAAGAAAAUUAUAAAAAUGGGAAUAUAUGAAAAAGAAAUUCGCAUUUAAAUGAAAUUAAAGAUAACAUUAAAACAAAGAAAUUAAACAAAAAAUUUACGAUAAAUAAAGCAAUCACUUUAAAAGAUAUUGAACUUGACAUUAAGAAAAACGAAUUUGUAGCUAUCAUUGGAGAUGUAGGUUCUGGCAAAUCUUCUCUCAUUAAAACUCUUCUCAAAGAAACUCUUUAUGUUGACGACCAAACUCUCAUGAAAUAUGGCCACACACAGAUCAGUGAUGCACACGAAGAUAAUGGGCAUUCAACAAGCAACAGCAAUACUUUUGUGAGGAAAGAAGAUGUCAUGGAUUUCAGAAACCAACAUGUCAAGAAUGUUCGACCCAGAAUUCGAGUGGACGGCUCUGUAAGUUUGGUUGAGCAAAAACCCUUCGUUCUCAGCCAAACCAUCAGACAAAACAUUUUGUUUGGCCGUCUUCUUGAUGAAGCCAGGUACAACCGAGUGGUAGAAGCAGCUCAGCUAGGAAAAGACCUUGAAGUCUUCGAAGCUGGAGACCUCACACAUGUAGGAGAGAAAGGCAUCACACUCAGUGGUGGCCAGAAAGCCAGACUCAGCAUUGCUCGAGCAUUAUAUGCCAACAGAGACAUAGUGUUGAUGGAUGAUCCGCUAUCAGCGCUGGAUUCCCAUGUCAAGAAGCUUAUCUUCGAUGAAGUGUUUUGCAGAGAACUCCGAGACCGCACUCGAGUUAUUGUGACUCAUGCAGUCGACUUCUUGGACAGAGUUGACAGAGUCAUCGUCAUGGAGCAAGGCAGAGUCAAGCUCAAUGGGAGUUACCAACAGCUGAUGGAGCACAGCUAUUUCAGGAAAAUCAUGCAGACAAUGGAGGCUCAGGACAAGAAAGACGAAGAACAAAACUCAAGUGAAGAUGAAGACUCUGAUGAAGUCGAACACAAAAAGAAGAAUUAUCUGAGUAUCAAAGAGAAAAUAUUGCUUGAAAGAGAUGAUGACAAAGACAUUGACUUGUCUCCAUCAAUCUACUUGCAGUACUUCACGUAUCUUAAAAGUGGGCUGUUCUUCAUCCUGAUCGGGGUCGGAAUCCUCACAUUUGUGAGGCUCUGGACCAUCAAGGCAGACUACUUGAUGCUGAAGUGGGUGGAAGAAUUCUCAGUGACACAGACUGCUGACUCUGAGAUUCUGUACACAGUGUUCUAUGUUGCAUUUGUAGUUUUAUUUGUUGACUUAUCUGGGUGGAUUGUUGAAGUUUAUCAGAACUACAUUAUUGGCAAGAAUCUGUUUGACACAAUGCUCUCAAGAAUGUUAAAUGCUCCAAUUAACUUAUUCUUUGAUAAAACACCUUGAGGAAUUAUCAACAAAAGGUUUUCAUCUGACCUGAAUUAUGCAAGUAGAGAGUUACCUGACACUAUUAAACAGAUUUGAAGAUGAUUGAUAUUUAUCGGGAUAACCUUUACUUUCAUUGCAACAAAUGCUCCUAUCUGAAUUGUAGUUUUCCCCUUCUCAAUAGCUAUUUACAUCACCCUCAUGAGAGGAUUUAUAAAUGGAAGUGUUCAAGUAGGGAAGCUCAGAAUUGCUACAGCUUCAUCAAUAAGCUCUCAUUUUGGAGAAUCUAUCGAUGGCAUUUCUACUAUUAGAGUAUUUAACAGAGUAAAGGAAUUUGAAAAUAAAAGAUUUUACCUUGAAGACAGACAAUAUGCUGUAGAAAUUCUAUCAACGGGGUUAAACUGAUGGAUGAAUAUGCGAUUAAAUGCUGUAGCUAUGGUAUUCAUUGUUUUCCAGUCUAUCUAUUGCAUUUUGAACAGAGACUCUGGAGACACAGUAAUUACAGGAAUUAUUAUGUAUUAUAUUUUUGAACUUCAAUGGGAUGUAGAAGAAAUCUUUUAUCAUGCCUCUUGGAUUCAUGAUAGACUUGUAUCUUUUUACAAGUGUCAGAAGUUCACGGAAAUCCCUCAAGAAGCUGCUCAACAGCUUCCGCUCUCAAAUAAAGCUUUUAACAAAAAUAACCAAUCUUGGAUCAGCAAAGGUAGAAUCAAUUUUAAACAGUUCUCUGUUCGCUACAGACCUGACACACCAGUUGUGUUGAAAAACAUUAACCUUCAAAUCGAACCAUCUCAGAAAAUUGGAAUUGUCGGUAGAACUGGAGCUGGUAAAAGCACUCUCUGUUUAGUACUCUGUAGAAUUAUAGAAUCAUCUGAGGGAUCUAUCGAAAUCGAUGGAAUUAAUAUUUCUAAAGUAGGCUUGAAGGACCUCAGAGACAAAAUCACCAUUAUUCCACAAGAACCGGUAAUAUUUAAGAACACCCUCAGAUUCAACCUUGACCCUAAGAGCAAGCAUUUAGACUCUGAAAUACAAACUCUGUUGCAUGAAGCAGGUCUUCAAUCUCUUCUAAGCAGAACUGGAGAAGGACUCAAUUUCAGUGUGGCUGAGAAAGGGACAAACCUGAGUGCUGGUGAGAAAGCACUUGUGUGUAUCUGAAGAGCCAUCCUUAGAAAAAACAAAAUUGUGAUAAUGGACGAGGCAACUGCAAGCAUUGAUGUAAACACUGAAGAGACAGUGCAGAAGCUGAUGAAGCAAAAGUUCAAAGACUCCACUGUGAUCACAGUCGCUCACAGACUAAACACUAUCAUGAAGAGCGACAAGAUUGUAGUCAUGAAUUUCGGAGAAAUCGCUGAGUUUGGAUCUCCAGAGAAAUUAUUAGAGAACAAAAAGUCUCUUUUUACAGAAAUGAUUAAUGGAUUUAAUUAAUAUAUAAUUAUAUUCAAAU